AUCAAUGAGUGCGCAAUCAAUCAGGGUGGAUGCGUUUACGGAUGCGAGAAUUUGCCAGGAGGUUUCCGCUGUACCUGUCCAGAGGGUAUGAUGCUUGCGGACGAUAAACUCUCUUGUAGACCUUUUAUGGAUCCUUGUGCACCACCAACGAAAGGAGGUUGCGAACAUGUCUGUACAACUCUUUCAAGCUACCGCUAUGCCUGCUCGUGUUAUCCUGGUUACAGACUUGCAGAAGACAAGAAGAGAUGCAUUGGUGAGUGA